CAAUGUCAAAUAUGUUCCACUCGUGUGUUUACGUUGUGUUAUGAAUAAAUUUAAUUAUCUUUGUUAAAAUGAGUUGCGUAUUUUCUUUCAGUUAUAAGUGAUAAUAAUUAAAUACUUCAGAAUGGGAGAAAUCAAUAAAAAGCAAGCUGAAUGGGAAUCAACGAAGGGCUUACGUGAACCGAUAAAAACCUUAGAGGAUAAAUGGAAGCUAGUACCAUCUUUUCUGCAAGUAAAGGGGUUGGUGAAACAGCACAUAGACUCAUUCAAUUAUUUUAUUAAUGUGGAAAUUAAAAAGAUUGUUCAGGCCAAUGAGAAAGUGUUCUGUGAUGCAGAUCCUCUAUUUUAUAUUAAAUACUUGAAUGCCUAUGUUGGCACACCAGAUCUGGAGGAAGGAUUCAAUAUUACAAAGCCAACAACUCCACACGAAUGUCGUUUGAGGGACAUGACAUAUUCAGCACCCAUCACUGUUGAUAUUGAGUACAUAAGGGGUAAUCAGAGGGUUAUAAAGAAUAAACAGCUUAUUGGAAGAAUGCCUCUGAUGCUGAGAUCUUCAAAUUGUGUUCUGACUAACAAAUCAGACUUUGAGUUGGCUCAGUUGAAUGAGUGUCCCCAUGAUCCAGGCGGUUACUUCAUUAUAAGAGGUCAGGAAAAAGUAAUAUUGAUUCAAGAGCAACUGUCCAGAAACAGAAUGAUAGUGGAUGAGUUUAAAGGAGCAAUACAAUGCCAAGUUACCAGCUCCACUCACGAAAAGAAAACUAGGACCAAUGUCAUAGUGAAGAAUGGAAAAUAUGUCCUGAGACACAAUGCAUUGUCUGAUGAUAUCCCAAUUGCUAUUGCAUUCAAAGCCAUGGGAAUCUGUAGUGAUCAAGAGAUAAUGCAAUUAGUUGGAACGGAUGAUACAACUAUGAAAAAAAUGGGCCCUUGCAUCAUGGAAUGUCAUAAUUUGAAAAUAUUUACACCAAACCAAGCAUUGGGAUACAUUGCAAGUAAAUUGAAAGUUAAAAGAUUCCACACCGCUCAUUCCAAAUUUCGCACCCCCAUUGAUGAAGCCAGAGAUCUUUUAGCAACAACCAUACUUGCUCAUGUUGCUGUAGAAAACUACAAUUUCUAUGUCAAAGCCAUAUAUUUGGCUAUUAUGGUGAGAAGAGUAAUAGAUGCAGAAAGUAACAAGACUGCUAUUGAUGAUCCUGAUUAUUAUGGUAACAAACGACUGGAGUUGGCAGGCUCUCUGCUAGCCCUUAUGUUUGAAGAUCUGUUUAAAAGAUUUAAUUGGGAAUUGAAGUCCAUAGCUGACAAAAUAAUACCCAAAGUAAAAGCAGCACCAUUUGAUGUUGUUAAAUACAUGAGACCUGAUCUCAUUGCAAAUGGCUUGUUUGCAGCAAUAUCAUCAGGUAACUGGACCAUAAAACGAUUCAAAAUGGAAAGGCACGGCGUCACUCAAGUGUUGAGUCGUCUCAGUUACAUUUCAGCCUUGGGUAUGAUGACUAGAGUUAAUUCUCAAUUUGAGAAAACUCGAAAAGUGUCAGGACCUCGAUCUUUGCAACCUUCUCAAUGGGGAAUGUUGUGCCCAUCUGAUACACCUGAAGGAGAAGGCUGUGGUCUUGUCAAAAAUUUGGCCCUGAUGACCCAUAUCACCACUGAAUGUUCAGAAGAUCCAAUCGCAAGACUGGCUUGUAAUGCUGGUGUUGAAGAUGUGAGAUUGUUAGGAGGGGAAGAAAUCAACCACCCUGCAGUUUACAUGGUGUUUCUCAAUGGUAACAUCCUGGGCGUUUCAAGACAAUAUAAAAGACUCAUUCGCGUGUUCCGAAUGUUUAGACGUCGGGGGCUCAUCUCUGCUUUCGUCUCAAUUUACCCAAACCAUAACCAAAGAACUGUGUACAUAUGCAGCGAUGGCGGCCGCUUGUGUCGCCCUUACAUCAUCGUAGAGAAAGGGCACCCAUUAGUUCAACAAUUUCACAUACAUGAACUAAACAGAGGGAUUAGAAAAUUUCAAGAUUUUCUUAAUGAUGGGCUCAUUGAGUACUUAGAUGUGAAUGAGGAAAAUGACAGCCAUAUAGCUACAAAGGAAGCUGAGAUUGAUCCCUAUGUCACGACACAUCUUGAAAUAGAGCCUUUUACUGUUUUGGGCGUGUGUGCUGGUUUGGUGCCUUACCCUCAUCACAACCAAAGUCCUAGAAACACUUACCAAUGUGCUAUGGGCAAACAAGCCAUGGGUACAAUUGGCUACAACCAAAAGAACAGGAUCGACACACUUAUGUACAAUUUGGUGUACCCCCAGUGCCCCAUGGUUAAAACGAGAACAAUAGAACUGACUAAUUUCGACAAAUUACCUGCUGGACAAAAUGCAACGGUCGCGGUCAUGAGCUACAGCGGCUACGAUAUUGAAGACGCACUGAUUCUGAACAGGGCUAGCAUCGACCGCGGGUACGGUCGUUGUCUCGUGUACAAGAGCGCCAAAACGACCAUGAAGCGGUAUAGCAAUCAAACAUCUGACAGAAUCUUAGGUCCGUCUAGAGACGCCAGUACAGGAAAAGUCAUCAGAGCCCACGAAAUCCUGGACACAGACGGCAUAGCCGCCCCGGGAGAAAUGGUCGAGAACAGGCAAGUUCUCAUUAACAAGCAGAUGCCUCCAGCGACGUUGAACCCGGUUGCUCAGGGCCAGCCGCAGUCGGUGGACUACAAAGAUGUGCCGAUAACAUACAAAGGGCCAGUGGAAUCGUACAUCGAAAAAGUCAUGGUGUCAUCGAAUUCUGAAGACGCUUUCCUUAUCAAAAUUUUGUUAAGACAAACCAGAAUUCCAGAAAUUGGUGAUAAAUUUAGUUCCAGACACGGUCAGAAGGGAGUGACAGGACUGAUUGUCCAACAAGAAGAUAUGCCUUUUAAUGAUGCCGGCAUUUGUCCAGAUAUGAUCAUGAAUCCCCACGGCUUCCCGUCUAGAAUGACGGUCGGUAAAACAAUUGAAUUGUUAGCUGGAAAAGCUGGAUUGAUGGUUGGCAAAUUUCACUAUGGUACUGCAUUUGGUGGUUCGAAAGUAAGAGACGUGUGUAAUGAACUGGAAAAGCAUGGAUACAACUAUCACGGAAAAGAUAUUUUCUAUUCAGGCCUGACUGGAGAACCACUAGAGGCCUAUAUUUAUUCUGGACCGGUGUAUUACCAAAAGCUGAAGCACAUGGUUCAGGACAAGAUGCACGCGCGCGCCCGCGGCCCGCGCGCCGUGCUCACGCGCCAGCCCACCGAGGGCCGCUCGCGCGACGGCGGCCUCCGCCUCGGCGAGAUGGAGCGCGACUGCCUCAUCGGUUACGGCGCUAGCAUGUUGCUGAUGGAACGCCUGAUGCUAGCGUCGGACGCAUUCAGCGCGGACAUCUGCGGCGCGUGCGGACGGCUGGCGUCGCGCGCCUGGUGCCACGCCUGCCGCUCCUCGGCCGCCGUCUCCACCGUCGAGAUGCCCUACGCCUGCAAGCUGCUCUUCCAGGAACUGGCUUCCAUGAACAUCGUGCCCAAGUUGACGCUCAAGAAGUAUUGUUAGCAUGGACGUACCAGACUUCUUACCCAGCGGCGACAAAUCAGAUUUUUUAGGCAGGAUCCGCUCUGACACAUAACUCGAUACGCCCAUGAUGUGGGCGUGUACCACCCGUAACCAAAUGUUACGGCCUGCGCUUUUGAGCGCCUUUCUCUUGUAGUAGCUUCAGUGAAUAUUGCGCCUAUGCUUACGCUAAAGAAGUGUUGUAGAUUUCAAGU